AUGGGGAUUGGUGGGAGUAUAAACCUCCAGUUGCUGCAAGUUGGUAUUGGAAGCAAAUCUGUAUAUGAAACAAUAAUUGGCAAUAAACCUAGAGUACAUUGGGACAAAGUAGUUUGGAAUAGAUUGAAUAACCCCAAACAUAGAUUUAUUGGCUGGCUAGCUAUGCAGUCAAGACUCCAGACCACCUCAAAGCUGGCCAGAAUUGGAGUUAGUCAGUCAGCUAUGUGUUUGAUCUGUGGGCAAGGAGAUGAAACUCAUCAGCAUCUGUUUUUUCAAUGUGUUUAUAGCUGUGACUGCAUCAGAGCUGUUAAAUCCUGGUUGGGUAUUUCCAUUAAUAGUAACAGCCUCACCAGUUUGAUUAGUCAAAUUGGUCAUAGCAGGUGGUCUAAAUUUAAGAAGCAGGUAUAUUAUGCAGUUUUGAUGGCUGCAGUGUAUCUGAUUUGGCAUUGUAGGAAUACUAGUUUCUGGGAAAACUAUGUUCCUACUGUGAAUCAUACUGUGAACAAGGUGAAGCAAGUGGUGAGAGGUAGAAUACAUGUUGUCAUGCCUAAGAGUGUUAGCAAAAGAGACAGUGAGUGGUUCAUGAGCUUGUAA